GGGGAGAUCAGAAAGCGCAGCGGAGGCUGAGGAUCGCUUCUGCCAUGUCUGGGUUCUGGUCCGCUGAUAAGGAGCUGGAGAAACUUUCCGUCCUGCUUUUCGCUCUUUCUCAGCUGAUCGAUCUGGAUUCUUUGUGUAAGAACUUGCUGAACUCUUACUGACUCCUCUGGAGAAUAAGUUAAAGGAGUUUUUUUUCCGGUGGUCUGAGGAAGAGAAAUUAUAUUUUAACUGCACGGAGUUAAAAUUCCCUGUUAUCUGCUGAAAGUCUGAUGGAGCAGUCUGGAUUUAGUGUUGUGUUUUUUCUUAUUGAUUAUUGCGCUCAAUGACAGUGAGUCAGUGGAUGCCACGUUCAUUUGAAUGGCUGCAAAUGAAUGUUCACCACAUGAAGGGACCAACCACAGGUAAGAGUGCUGAAUGUGCAUGAUGGGUGCAAAACAAAUGCUUUUAUAGGCUGGUUUACACUUGACUUUUGGGACUGAAACUUCUUCUGCAUCUUGUCUGAAGCCUAUUCUGCUACUGGAUCGUUUUUACAGUGGGCUGGACUGCCUGAGUCUCGAGACUAGAUUAAAGGAAUUAUGGUUUGAAAGUGUUUGCACUUUGCUGUUGUUCUGCACCAGGCUCUGGAAAUUGCCCCAAAGGAAUAUCAGGCUGCUGUCAGUCAAUUAUUUUGGAUUUUGGAUAUAAUUUUUCCUUUCUAAAUUCCUUAAAAAAACAAAUAUGAUGGGGAAACAUAUACUGGGUAUUGUUGUACUUUGUUUGUUGGCAUGGGAAGUGUGGGGAUCAGAGACUAGCCCAGUUGACAAACAAACUGGUCCCAGACGGAUGUCCAGACUAAACAAAGCCCAGCAGCGACCGGGCUUCCCAGUCCGAGAGAGGAUCUCCAACAGACAGGAGGAAAUGCAAAGAGACGAAAGCAUGCGACCCACCAGGACCGGCCAAACCAGGAGAGUGCUGAUGCGGAACAGUCCCAUACAGGGUGGGGCUCGAAACCCAGUCCAGAGGGACAGCAGUCUACCUGGAAUGCGGGCUGGGGUGUCCCGCAUGCCCACCAGUGCCGGUUCCCCCAACCUGUUGGCCACAUUUGCUGGGAAGAACCGUGUGCUAGUCAUCUCUGCCCCUCAUGAAUCUGAUGGCUACUACAGGCUGAUGAUGAGUCUGCUCAAGCCAGACGUCUACUGCGAGCUGGCAGAGCGACAUGUGCAUCAAGUUGUGAUGUUUCACCAGGAAGGCGAGAUGGGUGGCAAAGUGAGGCGUAUAACCAAUGAAGGAAAGGUGAUGGAGGAGCCUUUGGAUACUACGCUUAUCCCCAGGCUCAUGAACUUCCUCAAGUUAGAAAAAGGCAAAUUCGGAAUGGUGCUUCUGAAAAAGACUCUGCAGGUUGAGGAGCGUUACCCAUAUCCAGUCAGACUGGAAGCAAUGUACGAGGUCAUAGACCAGUCCCCAAUGAGGAAGAUGGAAAAGGUCAGGCAGAAGGGCUUUGUGCAGAAGUGUAAGGGGGCUGGGGUUGAGGGGCAGGUGGUUGAAGGUGUCCCUAAUACUGGUACCCAGCUGGAGCGCAAACCCUUUAGGAGACCCAUCCAGACAACGACCACCCAAGCUACAACAACAACAAGGCCUACAACAACUACCACGACUACAACCACCACACGUCCUACAACGACUACAACCAUCACACGUCCUACCACGACUACAACCACCACUACAACCACACGACCCACCACUACAACCACCCGUCCUACCACAACAACCACACAAGCAACCACCAUCACCCAGAGGACCACACCAUCAACCCCUAAGACCACAGCGGAAACUCAGUACUACAAUCGCAGAGGAGAUCGACGGCAGCCUAAAAAAAACACCAUCCAACCCACCACCCCUUCUUACUCUUACACCAAAGCCUCCACUGGACGCUAUAGGGACAACCACACUGACAGGAAGGACAACACUCACAACAGGUACCCCGGCAUCCCUCAACACAAGCCCAGCAAGAAGCCAUCCAAGAAGAAGAACGGAGACAAUGGAUUGAACAAUGGCUACGAGGACAAGCACGGCAUGGGCAAACCCACAGAUGCUUACCCUGAGGAGAAAGAGGUCGAGGUCAUUCCCACCAAGAAAGGAAAAGGCAAGCAGGACAAGACCGAGAAAAAGAAGAAGAAGGACAAAUCAGACAAGCUUCCCAAGAAGGACAAAUCAGAGAGAAAGGGAAAAGAAGGAAAGGGACAUAAAAAGAAUGGGAAGAAACAUUCCAAGACGCAUGAGAAAGAAAAAGAGGAGUACCAGAAGCCUACAAAGAAACCCCCACCAACUAAAGGAGCUCUGGCAACAUUUUUGGAGUAUUUUGAGAACAGAAGACGACUAAUUCUCAUUACAGCUCCAACAGAAGAGAACAGCAUGUAUGUGCAGCAGAGAGACGAGUACCUGGAACAUGUGUGUGAGAUGGCCAUCAGAAAAAUCUCCCUUAUCACCAUCUUUGGCACCUUGACCAACAGCACCAUGAAAAUUGACCAUUAUCAGCUGGAGAAUGACAGGACCAUGAAGGGUCUGAAUCAGCAGGACCUGGUGAACCAAGCCCUCAUUACAGAGCUGAGGAAAGAGUUUGGAAUGGUCUACAAUGAUUUCUAUAUGGUGCUGACUGAUGUGGACAUGAAGUGGAAGCAAUUUUAUGAAGUGCCCAUUGCCAUGAAGGCUGUGUUUGGUUACAUCGACACGUUCUCCUCUCGCAUCCGAGAAAUGGAGCAGCAGAAGCGAGAGGGGGUAACGUGUAAAAAAGAAGACAAGCCACGAUCCUUGGAGAACUUCUUGUCUAGGUUCCGCUGGAGACGCAGGCUGUUUGUGAUCUCGGCUCCCAACGAUGAAGAGUGGUCCUAUCAGCAGCAGCUCUACGCGCUGUCCAGUCAGGCGUGUAACCUGGGGCUUCGUCAUAUUUCCAUCUUGAAGCUGGUCGGGACUGAUAUGGUGGACAUGGGUGGAGUGCUGGAGCUGUACCCCAUUAAUGGCAGUGCCACAGUGGAGCGAGAAGGCUUAUCUGCUACGCUUGUGAAGGACAUCAGGAACUACUUCCAGAUCAGCCCAGAGUACUUCUCCAUGCUGCUGGUGGGAAAAGACGGCAACGUCAAGUCCUGGUACCCAUCCCCCAUGUGGUCCAUGGCCAUCAUCUACGACCUGGUGGACUCCAUGCAGCUCCGCAGGCAGGAGAUGGCUAUCCAGCAGAGCCUGGGCAUGCGCUGCCCCGAAGACGAGUAUGGCAACUACGGCUACCACCACGGAUACCAGGAGGGCUAUCACCAGGGAUAUGGAUACUGAGGGGUGCUGGUCAGCCUGUGACCUUUUCAGGCGGGUUUGUAUUUUCCACUGGACUGAGUUUCAGUGUCAGAGGUCACACUCCAUACUUCCUCUUUUACUGUUUUUUUUUUUUUCACAUUAAUCAUUUACAGCUGUCAUUGUUUCAACAUGCCUCCUUUCUCCUGUAGGUUCAUAGCCUCUGCCUUACUGAGGUAGUCUAGUGCUCCACAGCUAUCGACAGUCUUUUUUUGUAGAUAAAAGAUGAUAUACUUUUGUAUUUAUUGGAUUUUUGCUCUGAAUUUAUAGACCGUUUUAAAGGUCAAAACUUUGCUUCUUGUUUGGGUUUUGUUACUCUAUUUUUAAUGCACUGUUGCUUAUAUACUGUGUUAUUUAUAAUGAUGCCAAUAAAAUAGCCCGAUUUCAA